AUGGGGGCGGAAGAAGUGGUGGCGACUUGUUCAGGCGCGAAUGUGGAGAUGGUCGGCGGAUUGGGAGUUGAUGAGGUGAUAGACUAUCGUGCGAUGGCUCCUUUGCCUGAUCAUCUGGCUCGGACGUACAGUGACCGGCCAUUCGAUGUGAUCCUCGACACCGUGGGCACGCAGGCACUCUAUGAGCGGUCUCCAAGCUACCUCAAGCCGAACGGUGUCUAUAUCAAUGUGGGCGCCUUGGAGGGUUUCAUGUGGUCUCUCUGGUGCUGGGCCAAAAACACCCUCUGGCCCACAAUUCUGGGCGGCACGCCCAGGAGAUACAUCAUGUUCAGCACGGUUCCUAAUGGAAAAUCGGCAGAGAAGCUCGCAGACAUGGUCGAGACCGGCAAGGUAAGGGUCGUUGUGGAUUCGGUCUUCGGAAUGGACGAGGUGCUGGAGGCUUAUGACCGCUUGGCGAGCAAGAGAGCAAAAGGCAAAAUAGUCAUCAAAAUACAGGAUGACUGA